UUAGCGGUGUGUUGACAUUACUCACACAUGCACACACCUGUAGGAGUCUGUCCGAUCAAGAGAUGUCAAUGUGUAUUCAGCAUGGAGCCGUGACGUCCGACGGAGUGUUUUAGGGGUCGGCCGUCUCUCCGGGCGACGCUCCGCUAUGUGUGACAUCACAGUGAUUUUGUUUAUAACGCCCGCUGUGACACCUGCUCAAGCAGAGACCCGUCCUGAAACAGUACAGGACAGAACGUCACGAUAGCGUGUUUGAAACCGUUGGACUGAUACUUAGUGUUCUCCGUUGAGGAUCUGAAAUAUAUUACAAUUCUCUGAAACAAGGAUGUCUUUUUCAUCUUCUGCAAACUCUCUUCGUCUCGCUCUCCUCUUGCUCCUCAUCAUUGCCUUGGCAACGCAGAUAAAGGCUCGGCCAUCCCGACAGCGAUCAGACGCUCAGGUCCUGGAGGAUUUGUUUGGGGUGAAGAUCAGCUCUCUUUUUUUGACCCCUUCAGAGGUCAGUGAGGGGUCAGCAGACGCCCCGCCUCCACUCUCAAAGAGUAGGCAUGGCAACAGGGUGGAGUCGCCCCGCACGCCGCCGCGCAUCUUCCUGGACUUCAUGAGCCGUCAGAGGAAACUGGGUGGACGCAGCAGGAAGGGUGUGGCGCGGGGCUGUUUCGGGAUGAAGGUGGAUCGAAUUGGAGUCAUUAGUGGUCUGGGAUGCUGAUGCUCACAGGUGACCGGCCGCUCUACUGCACACCAGAACUUUCCUCCAGAGAAGACAAGAGUCGCCGCCUCUUCUCCCGCCUAUAACAGACGACAUGACGGAACAUCCGGGACCAGAAGCACAUCUGUGUUGUUUUAAUAUCUGUUGGAUUAUUUGCAGUAAAACUGACAACAGACUUUACACUCACGGUCUGGAGGUCCGUCUGGUGUAUCUGACUUUGACAUUAUGAGGUCUUCUCAAGUGUGUGUGAGAGUGUGUGUGUGUGUGUGUGUGUGU